GUGCGCUAUUUCUAGGCGCGUUUCUGUGUUCUUUCCCAUUCCCUGCGCCUCCUUCAGUCACUGCGGGGCACCGCAGUUCCCUGACGCCCUCGGCCUGGCCGGCACGGCGCCGGGACUGUUCACAGCCUGGCAGCACCGUUUCCGACCCCCGGGCAUUGCCAAGAACGGCUUCCCCGCCCUGUGCCACUCGGGAAGCCCGGUGCGUGUCCCGGGAGUUUGCCUCUGGCCUGGUCUCUUUCCUCCUGCCGUCUCCCUUUCGGGUCGCUGGAACGAGCGGCUCUGGACUCGGCUGGGAGCCACCUCUCGGGUCCGGGGGGCGCCCUCGCCCUAGGCUUCUCGCCCAACCCCCGGUGCUGUGCCCACGGUGCCAGCUCUGCCAUAGAUCUCCCCAGCCCACUACAGCGGCCUAUGCUCGACGUAGACUUUUCUUUACCCUUCGGAGCCGUGACGGACCAGGUUUCCUCCCCUUCUGCCUCCCCUUGAAUGGUCAGUGCGGGACUGGUCCGGGCCUGGGCAUUUCUGCUCCCUUUCCUUGGCGAGGCGGUUCCUCGCCGUCUGACCUUUGCUCCGCUGCCGCAUUUUGUGCUGUGCAACCGCCUUUCGGUUGGCUUUCCCUUCCCCGGCCUCUGCAGAGCCUAAGGCUCCUCGGCCUCCCCCUGCCUCCUUAUCCCCGGGCACCGACCGUGCCAGGCUCCGGGGCCCUUGGGGCCUCGCUGGGGCUGUGUUGGGGGCUGAAAAUGCGUUUACAUAACGCUGGGCGUGUGGGCUGGAGGAAGAGGUUGCGUGCGUAGGAGAGAUAAGGCUCUUGCUUUCCCUCCGUCCUCCUUGGUGGUACCAGACUUGACAUCACAGAGAAGACAGAAGGAUAGAGACGGGCCCCUAGAAGCCUGUUUCUUGGAGCCGUCCAGGACCUCCAGCCCUAUGGAGCCCCCGAUCCCACAGAGCGUCCCCUUGACACCCAGCUCGGUCAUGGUCCAGCCCCUCCUUGACAGCCGUAUGCCCCACAGCCGGCUCCAGCACCCACUCACCAUCCUGCCCAUCGACCAGAUGAAGACCAGCCACGUGGAGAAUGACUACAUAGACAACCCUGGCCUGGCUCCCCCUGCCGGCCCCAAGCGGAGCCGGGGCGGGGCCUCCGAGCCAGCCGCGACGACGCCCGCCCGCUGCGACCAGGACGCCACCCACCACUGGAUCUCCUUCAGCGGGCGCCCUAGCUCCGUGAGCAGCAGCAGCAGCACCUCCUCCGACCAGCGGCUCUUAGACCACAUGGCGCCACCGCCUGUGGCCGACCAGGCUUCCCCGCGAGCUGUGCGCAUCCAGCCCAAGGUCAUCCACUGCAAGCCGCUGGACCUCAAGGGCCCAGCGGGUCCGCCAGAGCUGGACAAGCACUUCUUGCUGUGCGAGGCCUGCGGGAAGUGUAAGUGCAAGGAGUGUGCGUCCCCCAGGACGUUGCCCUCCUGCUGGGUCUGCAACCAGGAGUGCCUGUGCUCGGCCCAGACCCUGGUCAACUAUGGCACGUGCAUGUGCCUGGUGCAGGGCGUCUUCUACCACUGCACCAACGAGGACGAUGAGGGCUCCUGUGCCGACCACCCCUGCUCCUGCUCCCGCUCAAACUGCUGCGCCCGGUGGUCCUUCAUGGGAGCCCUCUCCCUGGUGCUGCCCUGCCUGCUCUGCUACCUGCCUGCCACGGGCUGCGUGAAGCUGGCCCAGCGCGGCUACGACCGCCUGCGCCGCCCCGGCUGCCGCUGCAAGCACACAAACAGUGUCAUCUGCAAGGCGGCCGCUGGGGAUGCCAAGGCCAGCGGGCCCGAAAAGCCUUUUUGACGCUUCGUGCCGAAGCCCCAGCACUCUCCCUGGUAACUUGGUUCCCUCUGACACCCGAGAAGAUCACAGCAGCAAGGCCAGAGGCUUCAGCUUCCUGAGGCUGGCCUUGCUUAUCUCCACUCCUGCCCCCUGCUUCGGAAGAAAUGGACCACCAUCACUCACCCACUCCCUCCUCCCCAGAAGGAUGAAGAAGCACUUUGGGUUUUUUUUCAGGGUCCUGGAACUUUGUGUCAAACCGACAGCAGCAGGGGUGAGGUAUGGUUUUCUUUUGGGGGUGGGGGUGGGAGUUUUCUUUUUCCGAAGACAGAACACAGAUGUGGACGCAUAUCCGGAAGUUGCAGCUGCUUGAAUGCCUUUCCAGUCCCUCCUUCUCCCUCCCUCUUUUCCAUUCCCUUUGGCUCCAAAGGAGCUGGCUGUCUGGGAAGAAUCGAUACCUGAGUAGCCAGGAGGGUACCUUUGAAGAAGACCCUUGGAGUCGUGAUUUCUGUCCCUUCUCCCCACUCUCCCCCACCUCACUCCGCCCUGGUUUGCCCCCAAUGUCUUGGGGAAGGUGUAAAACACCCUGGCGAUCCCUGAUGUGUAUAUACUUGGGAGUGAUGGGAGCCCACUGAGAAUGAAGGACGGCCAGUGGGUCCAAGCCUGGGUCCUCCCUCUGCCUCCUCAGAGCCACAGGAUGGAUUUAGGAAUUUAGGAGGCACUCCACAGUGCAUUUCUCCUUUCCAGCUUCAUCACUAACUCUUGGGGGUGUUCCACUCAUAACACCAUCCUUCGGUUCCUACCGAGACACAGACUCACCUGCCCACUACAUGUCCUGAGUUCUGUGCCCAGAUCCUGUCCAGAAAUUUCUUGGGUAGAGAAGACCCAGGGCAGCCAAUGCGAGACCAAAUACCGUUUUGCCAAUGAGUCUGAGGCUGUGGUCUCUGGAUCCAGUCGUUUUUAUAGAAUAACUAAACCAGAUGUUAACGGUGUUUUAAAAAAUAAUAAUAAAACACUUGCUUCCUUUUGGGCCACCCCCAGGAAGGGCUGAUUACAAAAUCUGGGGGAUGAGCAACCUCAAGGAACAUGAUUCCCCUCCCCACCAAGAAGAGGAUUUUAACAGCAAAGAAGAGAAACAUGGCACCUCCCUUUGGCAGAAUGACAGUCUAGCCGAGCUGGGUUUGAGUUUCUUCUCUUCUGAUUCUGCUGCUUGCUGUCAUAGCCUUUCGUGUAUAGUGAUGUGUCUGUAUCUUUAGUGUAAAUAGCGAGAUGAUGAAAAAAGAGUCUAUUUUAGUGUUAAGAAGCCCUGUGGGGGGGAGUCAGAAGAGUGUGGGUGGGGAAAAAAAAAUUCUCCAGGGGCUUCUAGGGUUGAGCCCUGCUUUCGUGCAUGGGCAUGCCACCCUCCGACAGCCCCCAAAGACGUAGCAACCCUUUCUCUCAAGGUGCUAAAGGACUCAGAAAGUGCAGCAUGUCCAGUGGGUAGGUACUUGUUGCAUGAAAAAGCUGUAGUCUGUCUGGUCCUUCCUCCCCAGCUGUUGAAUGGGGUUUUCGUUCUGUGUGGUAUUUUGUCCCGGUCCCCCCCUUCAUGAAAGGCAGUGGCCUGGGUCCGAAGAGCUCCCCCAGGUGAAACUGGAAGUGCAUUAUGAUGACCAUGGUAGCACUUCCCGGUUUGUUCUGUAGGAAAAAGAACUGCCUCCAGGACUGAGGCAUGCACCCAAUGCUUCUCAAGGACUUUUUUUUUUUACCCCUUCUUGAAGAGUAGUAGUAACACCUUAUGAUUUAGAAUAAGUUAAUUGUAACCAUAGGUAUUUAUUGAUCGGAGGAAGGGAGGGGAGGGUCUUAUUUUAGGCAUUAUUUAUGUACAUUUGCUAGCUUGUAAAAGGCAAAUAUGAAAUAGUGCAUCUGCAUUUUCUAAGGCUGAUUCAUAUAGCUAGCCUUGCCACAGUCGUGAUGGAUGUAUGGAUGUUCUUGCACAAAUCGGAGGGAACGGUAGAAAGAAAAAACACAUUCAGCCAACCACUUAUACUAAUUGAAUGUAUCAGAUGUGUACUGAUGGGACUGGAGAUGUUCUCCUCAGAAUCGGUGUGCAGAAGUGAACCCAAAACCGAGAGCACAGCGUGCGAUAUGAGGGAGGAGGGGCUCCCCCCGAGCCUCCGUGGGAAACCAGACCCAGUGGCAAGUUGCUCUUGGAUCUUGGAGGCCUACACACCCGUUCUGUGGAGAAUUGAUUUACAUAAGCUGUGUAUGCACACACACACCUACACACACCCGCACCGGCCCUCUACCUACAGAGACCCUGUUUCCUCACAAAGGGCCACCUUAACCCUGACUCUUUGUGUACAUAGUUGUAAACACGGAUUUUUCUGGGUUUGGGUUUGCUUUUUUUCUCUCCUCUUGCCCCUGUUUUGGCUUGUUCUUUUUGGUUUGUGUUUAACCUGCUAGGUGGAUGUCUGCAGAACUCUCCCUGAGAGUCCCGCCUCAGUGUCCCGUGUGCUCCCUGGUAACAAGAAGGAGCGAAGCAUCUUUGGUUCUCCCAGCUCUGUUGUGUAGUGAUUCCUCGGCAUGUUUUUCCCGGCUUCUUGGCAAAACAAAAGGAAAAAACUGGCUUGUCCGUGGACACGUGCUCAGAACCAUGAUGCAUUUCUGUGGCUGUUUCUGGCUGGCUGCGUUUCCUGUCACCAACAGCUUGCUUGGCUGGAUUAUGAUCCUUUUUGGAAAGUGCCACUUGGUUCCCACUUGUUUGACAUGGGGCGGAUGGUGGUUCUGCUUGGAACUGGGCACGGGGUCCACAAGCUUGUGUGCAGGACACUUCUGGGGCCCUUGGUUGUGGGUUUGUGAAGGCCAGCUCUCCAGCCAGCACCCUGGGAACAGGGUCUAGCAUAGCAAAGCCCUUGCAGACAGAUGUGAGGGCACAACCAAGGCUUCUCCGAGUUCCCGGCUGGAAGGGGGUGAAGACCAACCCCUGCUGUCGAUCUGAGCCCCUUCACAGCUGAUGGAGAUGAGGACCACUUCAUGUGAUGGACGCACGCACAGUUCUUUCAGCAUUGUGAAGUCUGCGCUGAUCCCCACUGUACAUUCAAGUGAGGCCCAGUUAGAUGAUGAUUUGUCCGAGGUUGCACAAUAUGGAACGUGUUGAUUUUUUUUUUACCAGAACCCAGAUUACUCUCAACACGAAGCUUCAUAUUCUUCACCCACGCUGCUCCCAUCUGGGCAGCACAACCCCACACUGUACAAUUCACUAGGGUAUCCCAUCCUGCAAGCUUCACCGGCCUCCUGGCUCAUGCCUUUGGUAAGCAUUUUCACACCCUCUCUGCUUACUGUGACAGUCAGUGACAAAUCUUGUGUUGCCAAUUUUGCUGUGGGUAACUGCGUGCAGUGUCUUAUCUUGCUUUCUCUUCUCACUGCCCCACAGUUUGGUUUCGUGUUACAAACAGAAAAGCUGAGGCCCCUCACCCCACCGCAUUCCUACUUUAUUUCCCCCCCUUCACUGUAGCCCCUUCUCACCCCACAACAAAAGUUACCACAGAAAGUUUCCUUUGUAUAGAAUAUUUAUUUUGAAGCUCUAUUUUAAUAGUAUUUAUUUUAGAAAGUCUACUAUUGUAAGAGUUCUUCUGUUUGUGAAGAAAAAACAAGUUAAAAACUGAAUGUACUGAUCUAGAAAAUAUAUAUAAAUAUAUAUUGUUAAAUAUAAGCAGGACUGCCAUUUCUCGUGUUUGUGUUCACACUCCUGACAUCCUCACUCAAAAGUCUGUCAAAGAAUACUCGGCCACAACAGCAAAUGGAAAUGCACUAAAACAAAAACCCUGAUAAGGACUUGUAUUCCUUAAGACUUGCGAGGACAAAGGGGCAGGAAGAGAGUGGUUUCCUUGGCCAAUGCUGUCCCUUAUCCUGGUCUCUAGAAUGACUUGAGGACCACUGGAGGAAAGAUUCACAUUAUGUUACAGAGUUGAAUAUUGCCAGAUGCUGCGAAAUCCUCUUCUCCCCAGGCAAGCCGUCCCCUAGGUGGGAUGCAUAUGAAACACAGGUGCACAGCAAAGCACUAAGCCUGGGAAGAGGUAGAGGUGGGAAAGCAAUCUGACCUAGUUCAAUUUGCCAAAAUUCUGCAGCUUUUUUCUCUUUUACCUUGGUGCCCCCAAAACGGAUUAUUAUGCACAUAUGAACAUACAUGCUUCAAAAAUGCCAGCAGAAAAGCCCUCAGUGAUUCCCUUAUUUCCACUAGAU